UUACUGUAGAUUUUGUACAAUCUGUGUGUCUUUCCCCUCACCAUCGCCCGUCAAAGUAAUAUUAACUUUCUAUUCAGCAAGGAAACUGCGGGCGGAUUGCGGAUGAAAACUUGUUUUAUUUCAGUAAAGAAUGUUUAACUACGUCUGUUAACUCAGUGCCUUAUCUACUUUGCAAGUCAGUCUUAUAAAAGUGGCUAAUUUCUUUUUCAUGUCAAAUUUGCUUUUAAAUGUGCAUCCUUGAAUAGACAAGACAACAUGGAGCGUUUCCCGCUGAAAUCUUCAGCGAGCAACAUGCCCACAACCUACCAGUCUCUUUACAAAAAGGGUAGAAAGAAUACGAACGGUCGCGGUAUUUUAGCUGUGGGCGAGGAGGACCUCGUGGACAUAACGGCGGGCCUGCAACAAGCCGCCGCAGCCCGGACCGCGCCCCUGGCCGCCACCCCCACCAGCCACGGCACCUUUCAGCUGUACGAAAACUCCGCGAGACCCUCCGACGCGAUCAACAACUGGGACCCAGUUAUAUUCUCCGGAAUGCAAGGAGACACUGAUGAUAUCCCCGGUAUUGGGCAAUAUGAUGACUUCCACACCAUUGAUUGGCAGCGAGAUAUUGCCAGAGAUCGGAUGAGGCAUAGAUAUAUUGUUAAAAAGAGACAGGACUCAAUAUGGGAUCUGAUAAAGGGUGCCCACGAUGCAUGGUCGGGCUGGGUGUGUGUGCUGCUGGUGGGGGUGUGCACAGGGGUGGUGGCCGGAGUUAUAGACAUAGGCGCCUCCUGGAUGACAGACUUGAAGUUUGGCAUUUGCCCUCAAGCAUUUUGGUUCAACAGAGAGCAGUGCUGUUGGUCCAGCGACGAGAUGACCUUUGAUCAGGGCAAUUGCUCACAGUGGCUGACGUGGCCGCAAGUGUUCGGGGAAUCGCGCGAGGGCGCUGGCGCGUACAUCAUCGGCUACCUGUUCUACAUCAUCUGGGCGCUCGUGUUCGCCGCGCUCUCCGCCUCCCUGGUGCGCAUGUUCGCGCCCUACGCCUGCGGCUCCGGAAUACCAGAAAUAAAAACGAUCCUCAGCGGUUUCAUCAUCCGCGGCUACCUGGGGAAGUGGACCCUCAUAAUCAAAGUUGUUGGAUUAAUUUUGUCCGUAUCCUCCGGCUUGUCGCUGGGAAAGGAAGGGCCCAUGGUGCACAUCGCCAGUUGUCUAGGCAACAUCCUGUCGUAUCUGUUCCCUAAGUAUGGGCGCAACGAGGCCAAGAAGCGAGAGAUCCUGUCGGCGGCGGCGGCGGCGGGCGUGUCGGUAGCUUUCGGCGCGCCUAUCGGCGGCGUGCUCUUCAGUCUGGAAGAGGUGUCAUAUUACUUUCCUCUGAAGACGCUGUGGCGGUCGUUCUUCUGCGCCUUAAUAGCGGCGUUCAUUCUGCGCUCCAUCAAUCCGUUCGGGAACGAGCACUCGGUGCUGUUCUUCGUCGAAUACAACAAGCCGUGGAUAUUCUUCGAGCUCAUACCUUUCGUUGGACUUGGAAUCAUCGGGGGUUGCAUCGCGACGAUAUUCAUUAAAGCGAAUAUCUAUUGGUGCCGGUACCGCAAGCACUCGAAGCUGGGCCAGUACCCGGUGACGGAGGUGCUGGUGGUGACGCUGGUGACGGCGGUGGUCGCCUAUCCCAACCCUUACACCCGCAUGAACACCAGCCAGCUCAUAUACUUGCUGUUCAAUCAGUGCGGAAUAUCCAAUUCCGAUCCCCUGUGCGACUAUAACCGCAACUUUACUGACGUGAACUCGGCCAUCGAAAAGGCGGCGGCGGGUCCGGGCGUCCACCGCGCCAUCUGGCUGCUCAUGCUGGCGCUGGUGAUGAAGCUCGUGAUGACGGUGUUCACGUUCGGCAUUAAGGUGCCCUGCGGCCUGUUCAUCCCGAGCCUCGCGCUCGGCGCCAUUGCCGGCCGCAUUGUCGGCAUAGGCGUGGAGCAGCUCGCUUAUAACUAUCCAAAGAUCUGGCUGUUCUCCGGGGAGUGCUCGACGGGCGACGACUGCAUAACACCGGGCCUGUAUGCCAUGGUGGGCGCGGCGGCGGUGCUCGGUGGUGUAACCCGCAUGACCGUGUCGCUGGUGGUGAUAAUGUUCGAGCUGACGGGCGGGGUGAGGUACAUCGUGCCGCUGAUGGCCGCCGCUAUGGCCUCCAAGUGGGUGGGUGACGCGCUCGGCCGCCAGGGUAUUUACGACGCCCACAUCGCGCUCAACGGCUACCCCUUCCUGGAUAGCAAGGACGAGUUCCAGCACACCUCGCUCGCUGCGGACGUCAUGCAACCCAAACGUAACGAGACGCUGGCGGUCAUAACGCAGGACUCGAUGACUGUGGACGACGUGGAAAGCCUGCUCAAGGAGACGGAGCACAAUGGCUACCCAGUGGUGGUGUCCAAGGAGUCGCAGUACCUGGUCGGCUUCGUGCUGCGCAGGGACCUCAACUUGGCCAUCGCGAACGCGCGGCGCACCAUAGAGGGCAUCACGGGCCAGUCGGUGGUGAUGUUCGCCGGGGGAGCGGCGGCGUUGACCGGUGCGGGGGCGGGGGCGGGAGCGCUCGCUGCUCCCCCCGCGCUGCCCCUCAACCGCAUCCUCGACAUGGCGCCCAUCACAGUGACCGACCAGACGCCAAUGGAGACGGUCGUGGAUAUGUUCCGCAAGCUCGGCCUCCGGCAGACGCUCGUCACGCACAAUGGACGUCUACUGGGCGUGAUCACCAAAAAGGAUGUGUUGCGGCAUGUCAAGCAAAUGGAUAAUGAAGAUCCCAAUUCUGUUCUAUUCAAUUAGUUUUAAGUAAAAUAUAAUUUUAUAAUUAGCGCGAAUAUAGAGCGGAGUGUACAAGGAGUAAGUGUUAUAUAAAAUCACAGAGCUCCAUGUAUUAUAUGUAUGUAUGUUUGUAUGUAAAGACAUAUUAUAUGAAACAUCGCCUUUAUAAAUAUGUAGCCGUAACAACAUUAUCCACCAAGCUGACGGAGUCACACACACACACACACACGCACCGAGUCACAUACAUAUUUAUAACAAAUUUAUAUGACACUGACACGUGUAUAUCAUGCGAUGGAUCCAUCCUAUUGGAUGGUAGGCGAUGUCCGCUCUGAUGCUGUGAUGUGAUGUGCUGUGCUGAGGCGAACGGUCAUGGCAUCAUGUCAUCAAUAUUGUCUAUCUGAUCUGCAAUCUGAACACCAACAAGGAAAUUAUCAUGUAAAUGUUCAUUUUGUCUAUAUUUCAUUCAGUACAUUCAUUUCAUAUAUUUAUAUUUUUGUAAGUGUGAUUUUCUAUACAAACGAUCUGUUUUAUUUUUUGUGUUAUCCUCAUGUAAUUUACUAUUGCAUAUAUAUUUAUUGAAUGGUUCAAUAUAUAUAUAUAAAAUAUAUAAUGAUGUGUAUAUAUAUAUAUAGAAAUGUUAGAAAGCUUGUUGUAAUGUAAUAUUGGUAGACGAUGUACUGACAUGUCAGUCUCGGAAACAAUUAUCAUAUACAUUGUUACAUUGUAUGAUCUAUUACUCCACACUAGUUGAUAAUUAAAAUACCAUAAUUAAUAGCUAAUAUCCCAUUCGACUAACCGCAAUUUACAUUUAAAAAAUAAUAGCCAUCAAAUCGCGGCCGGCUUGUUUGUGUACAUGCAUUAUCGACAAACAGGCACACACACACACACACAACACUGCAGCAGCAGCAGGAGGGGGAGGAGGAGGGAGUCAUCAAGCCGGAGCAGCUUGACAAUGAAUCGUUCAUCACAUAGUCAAUAAGAUAUUACGAUCUAGUUUAUAUAUUCUUGUGUUGUUUUCAUUUUUAUAUCCUGAUUUGUUUAUUAAGUUAUUAUUAUUGUUUUUCGAGCGAUAUUAAAGUUAUUACAUGUUAUAAUGAUUUUUGUAUGAUGAGUUUUAUAUAACGUGUUUGUAAAACAAAGCAGCUGUAAAAUGUAACAUUGCAUGCAUCGACGUCAUCAUGCAAACACACAACGAAUGACGCACGCGAAGGUGAAACAUGCCACAUUCAGUUUUUUAAACACAUUUACUGUCACAUCCUCAAUAAAAUUCAUUAUUAAAAUAACUGAAUGUUGCCUGUUUUGUAUGUCUUAUGUCAAUAAUAAUUAUUUCUUAACGAGUGGCAGCACAUCAAGUUAAAUUAAAUCUAUUGUAUCGCUUUCAUUUAUAAUCAAUGUCCAUGCACUGUCGCCGUCGUCUCGCUGCCUGAGGAGUCUCCUGUGAACUUAUACGAUUCAAUAAAGUUUUUAUAAUGCA